UUUCCUGGCAGCUGGGGCAGGCGUUGGUCUUCGGUCCAGCUCUGCAGCGGCCGCGGUCGAUCCGGCGACAGUCCUGGGCGGCCCCGAGGGGUUUUUCGCGUUCCGGCUCUUCCCGCGUCACCUCCCGCCCCCUGCCUCAGCCUUUCCCGCCGCUCGGGCGCGAAGCCCGGGGCCAGCCGUCGGCGCCGACCCCGCCCGCGAGCCCCGUUGGAGCCGCCCGGGGCCGUUCCCGCUCCGUUUCUUCAGCCCGGCCUGCCGCGGCCCUCGCGGAGCCCCGUCAGCCCGGGGGCGCGGUGUCCGAGGGGCGGCCCGGAUACCGGGCGCCCGGCCCCCGGCGGGUCGGGGUCGGGGUCGGGGUCGGCCUGAGCCGCCCGGGGCUCCAGGCUGAGAGGGGGCCGGCGCGGCGCCCGCGCGGGGGCUCCCCCAUGGUGCAGCGGGGUUCGGGAUGUCGAAGACGCUGAAGAAGAAGAAGCACUGGCUCAGCAAGGUGCAGGAGUGCGUGGUGUCUUGGUCCGGGCCCCCCGGCGACUUGGGCGCCGAGAUCCGCGGCGGCGCGGAGCGCGGCGAGUUCCCUUACCUGGGGCGGCUCCGCGAGGAGCCUGGCGCGGGCACCUGCUGCGUCGUCUCAGGGAAGGCGCCCAGCCCCGGGGAUGUGCUGCUGGAGGUGAACGGGACGCCUGUCAGCGGCCUCACCAACCGGGACACCUUGGCUGUCAUCCGCCACUUCCGAGAGCCCAUCCGCCUCAAGACCGUGAAGCCAGGCAAAGUCAUUAAUAAAGAUUUGCGACAUUACCUGAGCCUUCAGUUUCAAAAAGGAUCAAUUGAUCACAAACUACAGCAAGUGAUCAGAGAUAAUCUCUACCUGAGAACCAUUCCAUGCACUACAAGGGCCCCCAGGGAAGGGGAAGUUCCAGGGGUGGACUAUAAUUUCAUUUCUGUUGAACAAUUCAAAGCACUGGAAGAGAGUGGAGCACUAUUAGAAAGUGGAACUUACGAUGGAAACUUCUAUGGAACUCCUAAACCCCCAGCAGAACCCAGCCCUUUUCAGCCAGAUCCAGUUGAUCAGGUCCUCUUUGAUAAUGAGUUUGACACAGAAUCCCAAAGAAAACGAACUACAUCUGUCAGCAAGAUGGAAAGGAUGGACAGCUCUCUACCUGAGGAAGAAGAAGAUGAGGACAAGGAAGCCAUCAAUGGCAGUGGAAACACAGAAAACAGAGAGAGGCAUUCUGAGUCAUCUGACUGGAUGAAGACUGUUCCAAGUUAUAACCAAACAAAUAGCUCCAUGGACUUUAGGAAUUAUAUGAUGAGAAAUGAAAAUUUGGAACCAUUGCCCAAAAACUGGGAGAUGGCCUACACUGACACAGGAAUGAUCUACUUCAUUGACCACAAUACCAAGACAACCACCUGGCUGGAUCCUCGUCUCUGUAAGAGAGCCAAAGCCCCCGAAGACUGUGAAGAUGGAGAGCUUCCUUAUGGCUGGGAAAAAAUAGAGGACCCUCAGUAUGGCACAUACUAUGUUGACCACCUUAACCAGAAAACCCAGUUUGAAAAUCCAGUGGAGGAAGCUAAAAGGAAAAAGCAGUUAGGACAGGCUGAAAUUGGGUCUUCAAAAUCAGAUAUGGAAAAAUCACACUUUACUCGAGAUCCAUCCCAACUUAAAGGUGUUCUUGUUCGCGCCUCACUGAAGAAAAGCACAAUGGGCUUUGGUUUCACCAUUAUUGGUGGAGACAGGCCCGAUGAGUUCCUGCAGGUGAAAAAUGUGCUGAAAGAUGGCCCUGCAGCUCAAGAUGGGAAAAUUGCACCAGGUGAUGUUAUUGUAGACAUCAAUGGCAACUGUGUCCUUGGUCACACCCAUGCGGAUGUUGUGCAGAUGUUUCAGUUAGUACCUGUAAACCAGUAUGUAAACCUCACUUUAUGUCGUGGCUAUCCACUUCCUGAUGACAGUGAAGAUCCUGUUGUGGACAUUGUUGCUGCUACUCCUGUCAUCAAUGGACAGUCCCUAACUAAGGGGGAGACUUGCAUGACUACUCAGGAUUGUAAGCCAGGAGCACUGCUUCUGGAGCAGAAUGGAAAAUCAGGACACACCUUGAUGAGUGAUCACCUCAAUGGUCCAUCUGAUCCAAAUGAGCAGAGAGCAUCCAUGGCAUCAUCAGGAAGCUCCCAGCCAGAAUUAGUGACUAUCCCUUUGAUUAAGGGGCCUAAAGGUUUUGGCUUUGCAAUUGCUGACAGCCCUACUGGACAAAAGGUGAAAAUGAUAUUGGACAGCCAGUGGUGCCCAGGCCUUCAAAAAGGGGAUAUAAUUAAGGAAGUUUACCAUCAAAACGUGCAGAGUUUAACACAUCUCCAAGUGGUAGAAGUGCUGAAGCAGUUUCCAGUAGGUGCUGAUGUACCAUUGCUUAUCUUAAGAGGAGGUCCUCCUUCACCAACAAAAACUGGCAAAAUGAAAACAGACAAAAAGGAAAAUUCAGGAAGUUUGGAGACCAUAAAUGAGCCCAUUCCUCAGCCUAUGCCUUUUCCACCCAGCAUUAUGAGAUCAGGAUCCCCAAAAUUGGAUCCUUCUGAGGUCUACCUGAAAUCUAAGACUUUAUAUGAAGAUAAACCACCAAACACCAAAGAUUUGGAUGUAUUUCUUCGGAAACAAGAGUCAGGAUUUGGCUUCAGGGUACUAGGAGGAGAUGGACCUGACCAAUCUAUCUACAUUGGGGCCAUUAUUCCCCUGGGGGCCGCUGAAAAGGAUGGUCGGCUGCGCGCAGCUGAUGAACUGAUGUGCAUCGAUGGAAUUCCUGUUAAAGGGAAAUCACACAAACAAGUCUUGGACCUGAUGACCACUGCUGCUCGAAAUGGCCAUGUGUUAUUAACUGUCAGAAGGAAGAUCUUCUAUGGAGAAAAACAACCUGAAGAUGACAGCUCUCAAGCCUUCAUUUCAACACAGAAUGGAUCUCCCUGCCUGAACCGAGCAGAGGUGCCCACCAGGCCUGCAUCCCAGGAGGCCUAUGAUGUUGUCCUGCAGCGAAAAGAAACUGAAGGAUUUGGUUUUGUCAUCCUCACCUCCAAAAGCAAGCCACCUCCAGGAGUUAUUCCUCAUAAAAUUGGCCGAGUCAUAGAAGGAAGUCCAGCUGAUCGAUGUGGAAAACUGAAAGUUGGAGACCACAUCUCAGCGGUCAAUGGUCAGUCCAUUAUUGAACUAUCCCAUGACAGCAUCGUUCAGCUGAUCAAAGACGCCGGGGUCACUGUCACACUGACAGUAGUUGCUGAAGAAGAGCACCAUGGCCCACCAUCUGGAACAAACUCCGCCAGGCAGAGUCCAGCAUUGCAGCACAGACCCAUGGGACAGGCACAGGCCAACCAUAUACCUGGGGACAGAACUGCCCUGGAAGGUGAAAUGGGAAAGGACACUUCCAGCUCUUACAGACAUUCAUGGUCUGACCACAAGCACCUCCCACAGCCGGACACUGCUGUGAGUUCAGUGGUGGGCAGUCGGCACCAUCAGAGCCUGGGCUGCUACCCAGUGGAGCUGGAGCGCGGCCCCCGGGGCUUCGGGUUCAGCCUGCGGGGUGGGAAGGAGUACAACAUGGGGCUGUUCAUCCUCCGCCUGGCCGAGGACGGCCCUGCCCUCAAAGACGGCAGGAUUCACGUUGGUGACCAGAUUGUUGAAAUCAAUGGUGAACCUACACAAGGCAUCACACACACUCGAGCCAUUGAGCUCAUUCAGGCUGGUGGGAAUAGAGUUCUUCUUCUUCUGAGGCCAGGAACUGGCUUGAUUCCUGACCAUGGUGAUUGGGAUAUUAAUAAUCCUUCAUCUUCCAAUGUGAUUUAUGAUGAACAGUCACCAUUUCCCCCAUCUUCACAUUCUGCUUCCAUAUUUGAAGAGUCUCAUGUACCAGGAAUUGAAGAUUCUCUAAUGAGAGUUCAGAUAUGUGAAAAGGCAGAAGAAUUAAAGGACACUGUACCUGAAAAGAAAAGCACUUUAAAUGAAACUCAGUCUGAGAUAAAGCAUCAGUCUUUUCUCCAAAAAAAUGUGAAUAAGAGGGAUCCACCCAGCAGCCAUGGGCACAGUGACAAGAAAAGUCUACAAAGACUAGACAGUGGUGUCACACAAAGAGGUGGCUCUGUCAGUCCCAAAAAGUCAGCUCAUCACUAUUCAGAGGAACAUUUGGAAAAGCUUCCUUGUCCUCCAAAAUAUGACCCCAAAAGAAGACCCAGAGAUAGAUCACUCAGCCCUAGGAAAAGGUAUCAGACUGACCCCAGAGCAGCUUCUGGACAAGAUCAUUACAAAAAAAGCAGAGGACGCUCUUCUAGCCCAAGGAAGCAGCAAAAAACUGAAGAAUGCAAGGACUUGUCAAAUGCCGAAGACACAUUACCCAAAGGUGAGGGUCACAGAGGAGCAGGCCGUGCUACUGACAGUGCUGAGCAGGUCCCAGAUUGGAAAGAAAAUUCAAGUCUGAUCAGUAAAGAUGUGAAGCAAAGUCAGUUGGGAAAAGACAAAACCAGGUCUGCAGAGAAACAAAGCAAAAGAAUGGAUGAGAAGUCUCUUGCCUCCAAAAAGAGAAUAGUGUCUGGAAAUGAAAAAGGAAAGAAACCAACUGUAGGAGAAAUACAUUCUGCUAAAGAUAAAAUAGGAGAAAAUGUCCAGAUAUCAGAGAAAAAGGUGAGACAGGAACCUGAAGAAAAGACGCUAUUAAAUAAAACAGAAGAUCACAAAGAGAAAGAACUAAAGACAGCUGACAAAUGUAAAGAGAGUGGAAGGGUCAAACCUGAAAGCAGCUCUCCAGUUAAGAAAGCACCAAUAACUCCAGGGCCCUGGAAGGUGCCAAGUGCAAACAAAGUCACAGGCACGACUGGCAUGGCUGAGAAACGGUUGUAACCUUUAGCAUAAAACAAAGAAAAACAAGUUGUAAUCUUUUCUUACUAAAAAGCAGCAUUCUUCCAGAAAGUCAUUUUUCCAGAGAUUCUGAAACACCUAAGUACCUUUUAAUUUGCACAUCAAGUUUCUAGGCUGCAUGAAGGGCCUUUAGGAUUGCUAAGAAUCAACCGUCCUAGCUGGCCGCCUGCCGGCCCGCCCGUCCUCAGGACAAAGCUGUGUCCCCAUACCCAUCUGACCUGUUCUGUGAGGCUGCCUGCUCAUCUCCAGGAGUGUCUGACAAGUGACAUGUUGAUAUCAACGCAGUCACAACUCCCUUUGUAUUUGUGCCAAGUUAUCUACUGUAUCAUGUCUGUUUUUCCUCAUUCAGAUAUUUCUGCAGUAAUGGAACAGUUAGGUUUGGCUUUGAAGUUGGUGUUUUCAAUAGCAUGUUGCAUGUUUAUACAGAGAAAUAUUUGAGUCCUUGCAGAUGAGAUUGUUAGCUUAUCAUUUCAAACUAACAUCUAUUGAUAAGAGUCCCAGUUUAAAAGUAAAACUCCCAAGCAUCAUUAAUUUAAAGCAAAAGGUCAAAUAGUAAUGCUUUCUUACAGCUUUUUAUUUUAAUUUGGCUGGAUAAGGUGUUUCAAAUAACUGUUACAGAUAUUACAACUAAAUGUUCAAAAUGAGAAAGUCCUUCUAAGCAGCAAAGCUCACUCCCCGGCUGUUACCAGUUACCUCAUCUCAGGUCACCCUUUCCCAGUGUGAAACCGCAGAGCAGCAUGCAGGAGUACUGCUCACUGUUCUUCAAGGAGAAACUGCCGAUUAGCUAUUCCUGGAUAUUUGGAUUGUAUCUGCCACUAAAAUCAUCGAAGGGUCAGAUUAUAUACAGUGUUUGAGGGACUUAAUCUAGAAACCAGCUUCACAGUCCUAUGCCAGAUGCAGGUCCAGCUCAUGGGGCAGAUGGACAAGAUCAGGCCUGUGGAAGCAGCACCCACGGGGUCCUGUCCAGCUCUCAGGACAAGCAUGGUAGACAGCACAUGCUUAAUCUUUAAUUUUUAGUACAUUAACUUUCUUAUUGAAAAACAAGAAAGGGAGAUUAAACAUCUGCUUAGCUUGUACAACUUCUCAGAGUAGUUUUAAAAGUCUAAUUAAAGAUGUGUACUGGAAGAUAGAGAUAGUUAACUCAAUAAAAUAGGUCCAGGUUUUAAAAUCCCUGAAGCAGCAUUCAGUAGCAUCUAUGAUUAAAGGCACAUUUUCACUGUAAAAAUACUUCAUGGAGGAUUUAAACACGUUUUUUCUGUCAUCCUGAGUUCAUCUUGUCAAACACUUUAUGUCCAGGUCUUAUCCCUCUGCAGAUCUGACUGUGAAACUCACACAGCAGUUAUAUCAGUCCCUGUAGAUAGCACAUGCUUCUGAGGGUCGGACUUCCCUUUCAUCCAGGACUUAUUUGCCCAUCUGUUGUGAUUACUUGAAUAGAGCAAAAUUAGGAGGCUUGAAUAAGUGCUAAUAAAUUUAGUAAGAGAAAUGACUUAUUUUCCCAAUAGUCCACAAUUAGUGAUACAAAUCCUAUUUUUAUUGUUAACUGUGACAUAACUUUGAUGUCAUAUGUUGUCUGAUGUGGCUCUUCCCUAAGUAACCUGUCACUGUACUGAUUAUAUACUGAUUUAGCAAUGUGGCCUUGGAAUGCUGAGCAAAACAUGCUGGAUAUCCUGGUUGUAAAUGUUUAUAUAUGUACAGUACUUUAUAUAUACAUAUAUAUAUAUAUAUAUAUAUAUAUACACACACACACUUGAGGUUCUGAUUAGAGAAAGAUCUGUAAAUUGCUCGUUAUUUUUUAUAUAGAUAUUAAAAAAAAAAAAAAGCA